AUGAAACACCAGUCUUUUGCUGAUGAUGCCCAGCUCAUUGAUAGUUUUCACCCAAGCAACAUAAGUCAAGCUUUGGAUCGCACAACAGCAUGUACAUCGGAUAUUAAGGCUUGGAUGACUGGUAGGAAACUCAAACUUAAUGACGACAAGACCGAGGCUAUACUGAUAGGGUCUAAGCGUCAACUUCAGUCAGUGGAUGAGGCUUAUCUUAGUAUUGGACAAGCUGAAAUAUAUUUCUCGGACGAAGUGAAGAGUCUUGGUGUCUAUUUAGACUCACAGCUCACCAUGGAGAAGCAGGUAGACAGUCUCUGCAGGACAUGCUACUUUCACCUGAGAUGCAUCCGCCAGAUCCGUCAUCUUCUAACCACUGAAACCACAAAAAUCUUGGUCCAAUCCCUUGUCCUUUCACGGCUAGACUAUGCCAAUAGCCUCCUCUUUGGAAUCAAGAAAUCAUUACUACAAAGGCUCCAGAAAGUACAGAACACUGCAGCACGGAUGGUGUCAAGGGUGUCCAAAUUCUCCCCAAUUACACCAGUUCUUCAAUCACUACACUGGCUUCCUGUAGAAGCCAGACUGUGCCUGACGUACAAGUGCUACCAUGGAUUGACUCCAUCAUACCUAUCCUGUCUACUCAAUCACCACCAGUCCCAACGUUCACUGCGCUCAGACAACCUCCACCUUCUGUCUAUUCCUCAGUACAACUUCUCAAGGUUUGGUGAUAAGUCAUUCUGUGUUCAUGCCCCAAGACUCUGA